AUGCCAGGCACCACGCCGCUGAUUCCGGUCACGCUACGUAUCCAGCACCACCGGCGCCGUCUCCUGUACCCGGUGCUGAGUUGCAUUCGGCUGAGGAUACCGCUGCAAAAGCGCUUGAACAUGCGAAGCAGAAGGUUGACGAGUUGUCGAGUGCUGCUUCACAAAAGGCCUCCCAAUUAUCAGCCCAUGCUCGUGAAGAGCAAAGCGCAGCAGUCGUCAGCCAAACAAGCUGCUUCAGCUGCUUCUCAGAAGGCACACGAAUUCGGGGCCGAUUGCUGA